AUGCUGUUUCCGAUGUACACCAUGCCUUGUGAGCUGGUGCUCGAGAUGACGGUCAUCGAGCCCCACGAGGUGCAUAAGGCUAAGGGCGAGGUCGUCAUCUUUGAGGACAGCAUGGGGAAAGCUGUUUUCGUGUCGCACCAGUGGGCCUCACAACAGCAUCCAGAUCCCGGGUGCAAGCAGCUGACAGUUUUGCAAGGUGCUUUGAGGCGUCUUCUGCACGACGUGGGCAUCGUUCCAUUGGACUGGGUGACGGAAGUUUACGUACCUACCGCCAGACACCUGCCAGUGCAAGUUUUCAGGUCCCAGCCUUUGUUCAUUUGGUACGACUAUGUUUCAUGCCCGCAGCUGGAGCCACGGGAAGGCUUCAUCGGUGGGAGUAGUGUUGGUGAUGAUGGCAGCGAUCUUGCACAGGCUAUCAGAAGUAUUCCGGCCUACAUCGGCAAGUGCUCCUUCUUCUUUGCUCUAUGCCCUGUCCUGACCAGCCAAGAUGGAACUGGAUUGCUAACCCAAGCAAGUUGGGGUCGUCGAGGAUGGUGCCGCAUGGAGAGGGUCAUACGAGAACUUUCCUGGGAUGAUACGUGGGUCAAAAUCAAGAGCGCAAGGUCUCUGGAAGUGGUCGGUUCGGUGCUAGCAUUCGUGAACGGCUCAGUCGGCGAAGGUGAGUUCAGCAAGGAAGAGGACCGCAGGAAGUUGGCACCUAUCCUGCGGCAGGCGGUGGUGCGAAAGCUGAUGUUCUGCCUCAGUUCUAAAGACUUUGCGGCGUACCGCCGGCAUCUGAAUCUCCAGUCAUCUUACUUCCGAGGCCUGAACAUGGAGCCAAUAUCCGACAUGAUUCCUGACAUUGAGUGUAACAAGGGCAGCACAGACGUCGUCGCUAAGUUUUUGUACCAGAACGGCUUUGCAGCGGUCCGUGACAUUGACCGAGCCGGAUGGUCCCCUCUGCACUAUGCGGCACUAAACGGAGAUGCGAACAUAAUCGACGGCUUGUUGCAGCAGGGUGCCAAUCCGAACAAGCGCACAGCCCGGGAACAGCCGAAACUGGGAUGUCCACCAUGGACAUCGCCCCUAGACCUUGCUUUGCUAUUCCAGCACAACGAUGCUGCACGAUGCUUGAUCGCAGCGCGGGCCAACUUUCAGGGUGGCUUUACGACCCCUCUGAACAUGGCGAGCGUCUCAGACAAUGCCGAAGGCAUUCGUCUCCUCUGUGCAGCAGGCAUUGACCCGCUGAUGGAGGAUGUUCUUGAGGCCUCUGCAUUGCGAGGUGUGGCUACAUACGGGAGCCUUGAAGCCUUAGCAGAGCUUUCCUUACACACGAGCCAGGAACCGCUCGUCGUUUCCCGAGCGCUCUUUUUUGCCAUGGUUGGUGGGGGCGGCUCGGCCGAGAUGGUCGAGAGACUAGUUGAGUUGAGAGCAGAUGUGAACCAUCAGUACACCGUCUCGAGCAUUUGCUCGGCGUUUGGCCUGGUUGUUGCGGCGAAGACGCUGCAGUACAGGCUUGGGCGCAGAACGAUUCUCUCUUCUUUGUGUUACCACAUUUCUGGCAUGACGCCACUUAUGGCAGCUUUGAUGACAGCGCAGCAUGAGGGUGCUGCGGCCUUGAUUGCUGCUGGAGCACGCCUUGACUUGAGAAACUAUCGGAACUGGAGCACUCGAGACUUUGCCAGAGGUCAAGCGCUUCCCGACUUUCUUCUCAAGGGCUUGGAAGGAGACCCUGUGGAAUGCCAGACUGUGGCAUCGCUCGCACUCUCCGAGGGCUAUGUGGAGAUUUAG